UGUUGCCCGAAUGUUCGCACUACACCUCUGAUGCGCUCUGGGCUCUGAUAUAAGCGAUAAAUAGUGAACGUAGGCUUUAAAGUGGCUUCCUUCAAAAAAUGGUAAAAACAAGGAUGAUCUCAAAGAACUGCCCCAACUGCGAAGGUCAAAUUGCGAUCGCCUCCAAACGUUGCACCGCCUGUGGACACUCGUUUACCGGCCGUGAACCAGGAAAAAGUGGUCGCCCAAAAGGAAGCGGCAAGAAGAGUGGACGACCAUCGGCAGCUGAGCAAAAACGAGCUGCUGCCAUCGCUGCCUCGGCCCAGAUCCAGCGCCGAAGAACCGGGAGGGUCCGGCGGGAGAAACCCAACUAUUACGAUUCCUUGCAGUUCGAAAAAAAGAAAAAGAAAACUAAGCCUACCCGAUCAGCGUUGUUCAAGGGCAAAGAAGCCAAACAGACUCAGCUGAUUGCAGUGAAGGAAACGGUCGCCGCCAGAGCCAAUCGGCAUGCUCAACGAAAGGCACGGAAGGAGGAAAUCGACGGUGGAGGCGAUUUGGCAGCCAAGCUUCCUUUAGAAAAACAGGAAAUCGCUGCACUGAUAUUAUCGGAGAUCAACCGGAAGUUGGGGUCCGUAGUCUGGAAGCAGCCUUGAAGGCAUCGCCUAUUUACCAAAAUGAUAAAUUCCACAUCUUGGACCCGAUCGGUAAAAGUACCGAAGUCGUAAGUAUUGUUUAUGUGUACCUAAAUAACUGGUAUCUUAACCUUAUUUAGAGAACCGCAAAUUCAUAAAAAUACAAAAAAUGACGAAACUUUAGAUGGAAUAUAAACAGUACAUAUGGAAAAUCCUGAAAGUGAAAGGAUUUUUCCGACACUCUUA